UCGGUCAGUCUCGCGGCAGGACUCGCGUCGCUCAUACUGUAAUUUUCCUUGUUUCACGUCGUCCCGCGAGUGCUUCAAUCUCUUGUUGUGCGUCGUCGUCUUCGCCAUUCUAUAGUGAUUUUCCCGGAUUUCCCCGAGCAAACAGUGUCCCAUGAGCUCGAACACGAAGCUUCGGGCUUGGAUUCUCACCACACCGUCACCUGCUGAUCGACAUUCAGGUUGAGGCAAGAGAGAGAAAGAGAAAGAGAGAGAGAACGCCGCAGCGACGGCGCAUCGACGGGGACAGGAGACCCGGGCAGCGACAGCAGCGACUUGAGGAGCGUCGCAGCAGCGACGAUGCAGCCGAGUGCGGACGCCGAGGCGGCGAUGACGCCGAGUCCUGUCAUGGCCCAGCCGGGACUCAACAAUCAAGCCUGGAAUCGACAACAGGCUGUCUCGGUCAGGCACGCCUUCAAGUCUUACGGCAGCAGCAAGAAUCCAAAUCACGUGCUACAGAAUCUGAACAUGACCGUCUCCAAAGGAUCCAUAUACGGUCUUCUGGGAGCGAGCGGUUGCGGCAAGACCACCCUGCUGUCGUGCAUCGUGGGCAGACGACGACUGAACACCGGCGAGAUUUGGGUGCUGGGUGGCAAACCAGGCACCAAGGGCUCCGGCGUGCCGGGCAAACGUGUCGGCUACAUGCCUCAGGAGAUCGCCCUGUACGGCGAGUUCACCAUACGCGAGACCAUGAUGUACUUCGGUUGGAUUUUCGGCAUGGGCACCCCGGAGAUCGUCGAGAGGUUGAGGUUCCUUCUGCAGUUCCUCGACCUGCCGUCGCAGAAUCGACUUGUCAAGAAUCUCAGCGGCGGUCAACAACGACGAGUUUCAUUCGCAGUGGCCCUCAUGCACGACCCAGAGCUACUGAUCCUGGACGAGCCGACGGUCGGCGUGGAUCCGCUUUUACGACAGAGUAUUUGGAAUCAUUUAGUUCAAAUCACCAAAGAUGGCAACAAAACGGUCAUCAUCACGACGCAUUACAUUGAAGAGGCGCGACAAGCUCACACGAUUGGUCUAAUGCGAAGCGGACGUUUGUUGGCCGAGGAGUCGCCGCGAGCCCUCCUGCAAAUGUACAAUUGCCCCUCCCUGGAAGAUGUAUUUUUGAAGCUAUCCAGAAAACAAGGCAGCUACCCUCAACCCACCACUGAGCUCAACAUCUCCAAUAACAUCAGCCUCGCGUCCUUAAAUUGGGGCAAGAAAGACGAGCCAGUGUACGUGACAGACGAGUCCGGAGUGGUCGGCCUUAACUUUCAUCAAAGCAAAGAAGUUCUCAUUCACGACACGACCAAUGGAAUAGGCAGCCACUAUGACCUCCAUGGUAAGCCACUGCCUGGCGUCAAGGAGUCAACUCUGGAAUGCGACGACUGCGACUUCACCGACUGCUACAAGGUGACUACCCCGGGCAAAAUCAGAGCACUGCUGCAGAAGAACUUCCUGCGAAUGUGGAGGAAUGUCGGGGUUAUGCUGUUCAUCUUCGCGCUGCCGGUGAUGCAGGUGAUACUGUUCUGCCUAGCCAUCGGCCGGGAUCCAACGGGACUCAAACUGGCCAUAGUCAAUCACGAGAUGGAUUGGGAAAACAAGACUUGCCCUGUGUUCGAUACGUGUGAAACCUCGUUUCUUAGUUGUAGAUAUCUCCAUACCUUAGAUAACGUCUCGAUGAUACAAGAUUAUUACGAAAAUCCUGAAUCGGCGUUAGAGGCAGUUCGACAAGGUAAGGCAUGGGGCACGUUGUACUUCACGGAGAACUUUACGGACGCGUUGGUUGCAAGAAUGGCUUUGGGGAAGGAAGCCGACGAGGAAACCCUCGACCAGAGCGAGAUCCGGGUCUGGCUUGACAUGUCCAACCAGCAAAUCGGUCUGAUGCUCGCACGCAACCUCCAGUACGCGUACAGAGACUUUGCCAAGAACUUUCUGACCAUUUGCGGACAAAACGAAAAGCUCGCCGACGUUCCCAUUCAGUUCAAAGAUCCCAUCUACGGGUCUAAAGAGCCGAGUUUUACCGACUUCGUUGCACCCGGCGUCAUUCUCACCAUCGUGUUCUUCUUGGCCGUAGCGUUGACGUCGUCCGCACUGAUCAUCGAGAGGAUGGAGGGUUUGCUGGACCGGAGCUGGGUAGCUGGCGUGUCCCCCGGCGAAAUUCUCUUCUCGCACGUGAUCACGCAGUUCGUGGUGAUGUGCGGCCAAACGGCUCUCGUGCUCAUAUUCAUGAUCAUCGUGUUUGGCGUCGAGUGCAAGGGUGAGAUUGGCUGGGUCAUCGUGUUGACGAUACUUCAAGGCCUUUGCGGCAUGUGUUUCGGCUUCGUGAUUUCGGCGAUUUGCGAGCUCGAACGGAACGCCAUUCAACUGGCCCUCGGCAGUUUCUACCCGACUCUGCUGCUCAGCGGUGUGAUCUGGCCGGUGGAAGGGAUGCCGACGAUACUGCGAUACCUGUCGCAAGGCCUACCUCUGACCAUGGCAACGACAGCGCUGCGUUCGAUGCUGACCCGUGGCUGGACAAUCGACGAACCGGACGUGUACAGCGGCUUCAUCUCGACGAUCGCCUGGAUCGUCGUUUUCCUCACGAUAAGCAUGCUCGUGCUCAAGUUCAAACGCGGAUAAGCGAGCGCCUUUCUUUAAGCCACCUGUACAGUUUUUCUUCUUCGGAUCAUUGUUGUUUCCCGUCUCCUCUCGCGGGUCCAAAUCGACAGCUCAGGCGAAAACGCUGCUUACGAGGAGAGAUGCGAGAUGGUUCUAAGCUCUUUGGAAAGCUCGCGGUUAUUGGCCCGUUGCUUUUAAUUUGGAAAAAUACUCGCUCGUGCUUGUUUCUCUGCUAUUUUGAACACGCGUCGCUGUUGUUGUUGCUGUCGUUGUGCCGUCGUUCUCGGCAAAAAGAGAAACAAAAAGUUUGAGUACGUUUUUCUUCUCUUUUUUGUCGCGCAACCUCCGAAAGACGACCAAAGUCGUGGAGUCCAUCUUUCCAAAUUAAAAGGCAGCGCGCGAUCCGCCAAGGCGAGAGCACAUCACGAAGUCUCGGCGAUGAGCCAGCGUUAUUUUUUUAUACGUAUAUAAAUAUAAAGAAAAUAAUUUUUAAUAAUCGUGGUGCCUGUAAAAUUUUCUUUCAAAGAAAGCUGUGUGACUGUGUGCCGCAAACCGCGUUGCAGUUUGAUUUUGUUUGUCGAUUGUAAAAAAGGAAAUUAGAGAUAGUUCUCUUGUGCGCGCGUGCGUGAGUGAGUUACACUUAUAUACGAAAUAUUAGGUUGCAUCCUUGAUCCGUCGCAACGCCCUCGGCUGUUCGAUUUCUCAAUUGUUUUAAUCGCCUUCUGGGUUUUGCUCGUUUUUUGCUGCGCGAGCGAUUGUCGACGCGUGCCUCUUUGUCUUCGAUCUAAUUGUCACUUUCGCGCAUCAGCGAUCGUUGUUUGUAUGUCCGAGGAGAAAAGAAAGAGAACGCCAAAGUUCAUCCCUCAACGAAUGAAAAAGUUCACGUUUUAUUCCGAGUCACUGAGCGUGUCGCACACGUUGCAAUCCCUCCUUUGUUGCGGGAUGACUCCAUGGCGACACGUAGUCUUGAGUGCUAAUAUUAAUUAUUUCUUUUUUUUA